UGUCCGUUGCCUAAAUGCUUCCGUCUAGAAGCUGCCCGCUGCUGGUGUGAACACUUAUGACGCGAGCGUGAUGAAAUAACAGUGGACAUAUCGUGGUGUGAGCGGCAUGUUUGUGAUUUAACAGCACUUUUCAAAGGUUCAGGAUGUAUUCGCGCAUUUUAUUCAAAGGCACAGCAGCAGCUGUUGCUGCCAGAAGGAUUCGCUACAUACUGGGACCCGUGAUGUCAAAAGAAGGUUGGAAGUGCAGCGCACAUGAGGUCAAACUCCUCAACACCUCGUCAGGCGACACUGUGAAGAUAGGCGAGAUCUCAUAUGUGCUCAAGUCUCCCAGAAAUCCAGAACUUGUGCCAGUAAAUCAUAUGAUUGGGGCUUUGCCACAAAUGAUCACCCAACACCUUCGCUGGAUAAUGCAGAAGGAUCUUCUCGGACAGGACGUUUUUCUCAUUGGUCCUCCUGGUCCUCUGCGGCGUUCGAUUGCCAUGCAGUACCUGGAAUUAACAAAGCGAGAGGUGGAAUAUGUCGCCCUGUCCAGAGAUACCACUGAGACGGAUCUCAAACAGCGCAGAGAGAUCCGCUCGGGAACUGCCUUUUACAUAGACCAGUGUGCCGUCCGAGCUGCGACCGAGGGCCGGAUUCUGGUGUUGGAGGGGCUGGAGAAGGCCGAGAGGAAUGUGUUGCCAGUUCUCAAUAACCUGCUGGAGAAUCGAGAGAUGCAGCUGGAAGAUGGACGCUUUCUUAUGUCAGCACAGCGCUACGACAAACUCCUGGAGGAGCACACUAAAGAUGAGCUGGAUGCGUGGAAAAUCGUUCGAGUGAGUGAGGAUUUUCGAGUCAUUGCUCUCGGCCUGCCUGUUCCCCGAUACAAAGGAAACCCGCUGGAUCCACCUCUCCGCUCCCGCUUCCAGGCCAGAGACAUCUACUACCUUCCCUUCAAGGACCAGCUGGAGCAUCUAUACACGAUUGGACCAAAUGUGCCUCCUGAAAGGGUGUCCCAGCUCUUGUCUUUCGCCACUACGCUUUGUUCUCAAGAGUCUGCCAGCUUAAGUCUGCCUGAUUUCCCUAUGGACAAUCUUCCAUCUGCCCUCGCCGUCCUAAACCUGUUCCCCAUGCUGUCGGCGCAGCAGCUGAUCCAGAGGCUUUACCCGUACGAGGUCAUGCUGGGAAAGGAAGGCCGUACGGCUGUAGAGGGGGUGCUCAGAAGGUUCGAGCUGACCGACGGGAGCACAAAGCCCUCUCCGACCGCGGUGCUGAGCGUCGAGUCUGCGAGCGGAGAUCAGGCAGAACAAGCAGCGGUCACCCUCAGCACAGCCCACCAGAACAUCACCUUUCAGGUUCCUUCAGGGACGCGGCCCAGUCGCCCACCCAACAGCAGUCCCUCCUUCAUCGGCACCCCCACCCACGACCGCCUGCUGGCCCAGAUGAUGCAGUCCCACCUCGUCAAAGACAUUUGUCUGAUCGGAGCCAAGGGUUGUGGCAAAUCCGUGAUUGCAAGAGAAUUCGCUGACAUGCUGGGCUACAGCAUUGAACCAAUUAUGCUUUAUCAGGAUAUGACUGCGCGGGACCUCCUCCAGCAGAGGUACACCCUGCCCAAUGGAGACACUGCCUGGAGGGCCUCCCCGCUGGUCACUGCUGCUCAGGAGGGCAAGCUGGUGCUGCUGGACGGCAUCCACCGCGUCAACCUGGGCACUCUGGCUGUGCUUUCCAGGUUGCUGCAUGACCGUGAACUGGCUCUGUAUGACGGCACUCGACUGCUGAGGUGGGACCGUUACCAGACCCUAAAAGACGAGCUACAGCUCACCGACCAGGAGCUGCACGACAGAUCCAUCUUCCCCAUCCACCCGUCCUUCCGGAUCAUCGCUCUGGCGGAGCCUCCUCAGGUCGGGAGCAGCACGCAGCAGUGGCUCGGCCCGGAGAUCCUCACCAUGUUCCUCUUUCACGCGGUCAAACCACUGGCCAAGGCCGAGGAGACGGCGGUCAUCCAGGGCAUGAUCCCGAACGUUCCCGUGGAAGCAGUGGAGCAGCUGCAGCACCUGACUCACAGUCUGAGAAAAUCCAACGAUCCUACGGCCCUGUCCCUCGCUUCUUCACUGUCCACCAGGCAGCUGCUGAGAAUCUGUCGGCGUCUUUCUCAGUAUCCACAGGAGAGUGUUGCUCAUGCCGUGAACAAAGCCUGUCUGUCCAGGUUUCUGCCCAGCCUGGCUCGCUCGGCUCUCCAGAAGAGCCUGGUGAACUGCUCAAUAGAGGAUCAACCUGACCCAGCGUCAGAACAGAGCCAUCUCUACACCUGCACAGUAAAAGAUGGACUUCUGACCAUAGGCAACGUCUCGGCUCCUGUGUACAGCCCUGAUGAGAAGAUGAAGGUCCCGGAUGUGCUCUUUUAUGAGAACGUUCAGCACAUGAUGGUGAUGCAGGACAUGCUGAAGGACUUCCUGUUGGGGGAACACCUGCUUCUUGUGGGCAACCAGGGCGUUGGGAAAAACAAGAUUGUUGAUCGAUUCUUGCAUCUGAUGAACAGACCAAGAGAAUAUCUUCAGCUUCACAGAGACACUACAGUCCAGACUUUAACACUGCAGCCCUCUGUGAGAGACGGCAUCAUCAUCUAUGAAGACUCUCCAUUGGUUAAAGCUGUGAAGAUGGGACAUAUCCUGGUAAUAGAUGAAGCUGAUAAAGCUCCCACAAAUGUCACCUGUAUCCUGAAGACACUGGUGGAGAGUGGAGAGAUGAUCCUGGCAGAUGGAAGAAGAAUAGUCUCAGAUCCACUGGAAGCAGCCGGAAGACCUAAUGCCAUACCCAUGCAUCCAGACUUCCGUAUGAUUGUUUUAGCAAACCGACCUGGCUUUCCGUUUUUGGGAAAUGACUUCUUUGGAGCUCUUGGGGACAUAUUUAGCUGCCAUGCAGUGGACAACCCCAAACCUCAGGCUGAGUUUGCCAUGCUGAAGCAAUAUGGGCCUGACGUUCCUGAUGCAAUCCUCCAGAAACUGGUGGCUUCAUUUGGAGAGCUCCGGGCCAUGGCUGACCAGGGUACAAUCACCUACCCCUACUCUACACGAGAAGUGGUCAACAUUGUAAAACACCUGCAGAAAUUUCCAGACGAGGGCCUGGCCAACGUGGUGAGGAAUGUGUUUGACUUUGACUCGUAUAACAAGGACAUGCGUGAGGUGCUGAUCACAGCUCUGCACAAGCACGGCAUUCCCAUCGGAGCCAAACCCAGCAGCGUGCACCUGGCCAAGGAGUUACCAUUGCCAGACUGUAAGAUGGCGGGUUACUGGACCACCGGUCAGGGUGGAAGUACACGACGAAAGCUGCUAUGUCCGACAGAGUCCCAUCGGAUCGAUAUCAAGGGCCCAGUGUUUCUGCGGGUUCAGAGUUAUCCUUCUGAGAGGCACGAGUCCAGAUCUAUGAGCUUCACCGAGGAACAGGCUCACUGGCAAAUCCCCAUGAACGAGGUCAACAUCGUCUGCGACGUCGCCACUGCUAACGAUUCCAUUUAUGUGGCCACAUGUAACCCUGUAUCGCUGUAUGCUAUGAAGGAGAAAGGAGACUCUGUCCAGUGCAUUGAGCUCUAUGACAUCUUCCCCCGGACCAUCAGUGGAGUCUGGCAGCCUUUUGUCUCUGUGGCGGCACUGGGCAACCCGCUGCAGGACCAGGUGGUGCUCCAUGAAGAACAGGGCAACACAGUGCUGCAUCUGGACCUGGUGACCGGUGCUGUGAGGAGACUGGUCCUGUCUCAGGACAAACAGGAGGAACCGUCACGCAAGACCUCAAACUGGUGGAGCAACAAAGAGAGUCAGCCAGCAUACAAAAUGUGCAAGGAGUUUGCCCACAAGAACUGGCUUCUGUUCUACAAAGAAAAUGGGAGUCAGCUGGAUGUCGUUGAUGUGCUGGAAGGUCAGGUCCACACCAUCUCCCUCCCCAUCAGUCUCAAAGCUGUGUUCCUGGUGGCUGAAGACCGCUGGCUUCUUGUUGAGAGCAAGACUGACAGGAAGUUCCUGUUGACGAAGCCCAUGCACAUGGGUGCAGAGGACACGGGAGUGUGUCAGCUUCACGCCAUCAGUGAAGACGCUGUUAACGCUGGCUUUGGCACCAGCUCAGGGAUGGAGGCCACAGCUCCUCAGGAGGUGUCCAGCGAGCAGCUGCCCAAUGAGAGCCUCAGCACUGCCCUCGGCCAGAAGAUCGUCUCUCCCAACCGCAUCCUCUGUGACACCAACACCUACGCCAAUGUUAUCGUGGGCUUCCCAGAGCUCAUGACCCCUAAUGAAGUGUACAGCUUUACGAGAUCUUCGCCCAUAACAGAGGGUCGGGGGCCUGAUAUGUUUUUUGGGACAAGUAAGCGUACCGGGCCAGCAAAGAGGGUCAACUGUGUGUGUCUGCUAAGUGCUAAUCAGGUGGUCCGAGCUCUGCCCCCUUCCCAAGUCCCACUGACUGAGAUCUACCCAAAAGAUGUCACGCCACCCAUGGCCGCUGCUUACCUGGAAGUGACCGACCUGAACUCAAAGAAGCUCAAAUACAUACCAGUCCCGAGGAGCAGCUCCAUGUCUCCAUACACCGCGUGGAUCUCGAAGGUCUCAGACACAGAUGUAGUGAUGGGUCCUCUGAGCUCUGGUGGAGUGGUGACUGUGGACAUGGGAGGCUACGUCAGACUGUGGGAAACGGGCCUGGACAGCCUGCAGCGCUCUCUGCUGGAGUGGAGGAACAUGAUCGGAGCAGAGGAUGGCAGGCCAGUCCAGAUCACCGUUCAGAGAGACAGUGGCCAAGAUGUCAGCUCCCCCAAACAUGGCAAGAUUGACCCCAGAAAUGCCCCUCAUGUAGGGGGGAACCAGUGGGCCGGAGGCACAGGCGGCAGAGAUACAGCGGGUCUUGGAGGGAAAGGAGGCCCCUAUCGUCUGGACGCCGGACACAAAGUUUACCAGAUCUCUCAGGCUGAGAAAGACGCCGUGCCUGAUGAGGUGAAGAGAGCAGCGCGGGAGAUGGCAGAGAAGGCUUUUAAGCAGAGGCUGAAGGAAAUUGAGAUGAGUGAGUAUGACGCCAGCACGUACGAGCGUUUCUCAGGAGCGGUCAGGCGACAGGUCCAGUCGCUCCGCAUCAUUCUGGACAGUCUGCAGGCUAAAGGGAAGGAGAGGCAGUGGCUGAGGAAUCAGGCUCUUGGUGAGCUAGACGAUGCUAAGAUCAUUGACGGCCUGACAGGAGAGAAAGCCAUUUAUAAACGCAGAGGAGAGUUGGAGCCAGAGUUGGGGUCUCCUCAGCAGAAGCCAAAGCGUUUGCGUCUGCUAGCGGACGUCUCUGGCAGCAUGUAUCGCUUUAACGGCGUGGACGGCCGCCUGGAGCGCUCCAUGGAGGCUGUGUGUAUGGUGAUGGAGGCUCUAGAGGGCUACGAGCACAAGUUUAAGUAUGAUAUUAUGGGGCACUCCGGAGACGGGUUUGACAUAGAACUGGUCAAAUGUGACAAAGUGCCCAAGAACAACAAGGAGAGGCUGAAGGUUUUGAAGACCAUGCAUGCCCACUCUCAGUUCUGCAUGAGCGGAGACUACACGCUGGAGGGCACCGAGCACGCCGUCAAUGAGCUGUCCCGAGAAGAAGCCGACGAGCAUUUCGUCAUCGUGCUGAGCGACGCCAACCUGGAGCGCUACGGUAUCAGCCCGGACCGGUUCGCGCGCACCCUCACCAGUAACCCGCAGGUCAAUGCCUUCGCCGUCUUCAUCGGGUCCCUAGGAGAUCAGGCGGACAGGCUCCAGAAGACUCUGCCGGCCGGCCGAUCUUUUGUCGCCAUGGACACCAAGGAGAUCCCCCAAAUCCUUCAGCAGAUUUUCACAUCCACCAUGCUGUCCAGUGCAUGAGAGAACUCAAGUCGGGGCGAAUCGCACUGAAAAUGACAUGUCACCAUUGACGUGAUCUCAACAGGUCGGAUCUCGUGAUGAAAGUCCCCUGAAAGGUUACAUUUCAGUAGAAAAUCGCAAGAGAAUCAUACUUUUAAUUAUACUGAGCAUCUUUUCUCCCUGAAGUUGCAUUACCAUUCAUUGUUUUAAUGUAAUGUAAUGAUAUAUAUGUUAAUGUUAUAAAAUUGGGAAUAAAUGCAAUUACAAAAAGCUCAUAAGAAAAAUGUCCAUGAAAAUAGUAAAAAUUAAAAAGUAAAAUAUAACUGAUAUUUAUGUUCAAUGUAUAUUUUUAAUACAAUAAAAAGUUCAGAAUUACAGUAAUAAAAAUCCCCAUUUAGAAUAAAUAGAAUUUCAAGUUCGUAAGUAAAACAUCAUUGGUUUUUUUAUGUAUUUUAAUAUACGUUUAAUACAAUAAAAAAAGUAAAAUUUCCAUAAGAGUGAAAAUACAACUGACAUCCAUGUAUGUUCGUAAAAAAACUAUGUAUGCUCAUUUAUAAUUAAAUAUUUUUAAGAAAAUAAAAAGUUCUAAUGACAAUUGAGAAUAAACAGAAUUACAAAAAAAGCAUAAAAGUAAUUAAAAAGCAUUAUGUUGGUGAGAGUUAAGGGGAAUAUGCUUAUUUGCCAUUACAAAUAAUAAAUAUAAUUUUUUGAUGACCUGGACAUGUCAAAAAUAAAACAGAGACCUGUCUUCCCUCCAUACAAUCUGUUUCAAGGGGCACGGUUUUGAGUAUCAACUACAUACAAAUCCAUAGGAAUUAUGUGACUAAACCGUAUGAGUCUAGAAUAUUUGCACAAGUACAGUAGUGUUAUGGAAAUUAUUACUAGAUGAUAUUUUAAUUUUGACAGUUGUUGUUUUAACAUAUUCUGUGAGCUAUUAACAAUCACACAUAUGCCUAAAUGUUGAUCUAUGCCAAGUUAAGGCAUGUUUUGUCUUAUAAUUGCAUUGAUUUGACUGUGCAUCUAAUAGUGCUGAGGGAUGUAACCAAAUAUAUAUUGAUGCAUUUUUACUAUAUUCAGCAUAUCUCAAAAUGCACUGUAUGUAUAUUUGCUUUGCAGCUGUUUAAAUUGCCAACAGAUUGAAAAUAUUUAACAUUCAAACUCAAUUUGAACCCAAGGUAAAUACAUUAAUGCGAUAUUCAAAUGACUUGAUGACAAUUCUUAUUAUAUGCUACAAAAUAAUAUUGUAAAAUAUGUACAAAUUAUUAUUCGCAACGGAGUUUCUUGAUUUUAUAUACCACUAACGCAUCCUUGGGAAUAUCGUCAGUAUCAAAUACAUAUUUAUUUCCCAGCUCCAGUGGUUUAGAGUGUAUUAUUAGACCGUGAGGCGUGUCUGAGUGUAACCUGUUUUAGUUUUCAAGAGCCCUGUGUUGUGUAAGAGUUGGCACUCUUUCGUCAAGUUUGUUGGGAUUUUCCCAGUGUCCUCUAAACACAUCAUUGUAAAGUGCACACAUCCUGUAGCUUACGGAGCCAGAGGAGAAACGAGAGACAGAGUCAGCCGCACACCGCUGCCGCCCCAUCACCCAAGACUUCCUCGUAAAUCUCUUCCGUCCCGAGAAACCAGAACCUCAAGUGCAAUUCCACACCGCGUUCCUCAGCCGUCCCGUUACGCACUCAUCGCUCUUUAACCAAAUGAGCGCAAAUGAAAACGCAUUUGAGAUCUCUGACAGUUCUGACACCGGGCUCGGCUGACGGGGAGCUGUGCGAACGUCGAAAGGAAAAACAGAAAGAACAGCACGCAAAGAUGACAAAAGUACAGCCUUCUGUGCAUCCUGUGUUUUUCCUGGACUUCCUGUCCUGACCUUUGCUCUGUUAGCGGCGUCCAGUGAGGAAUGUCGUCCACCUGACUGCAUGCGCUUCUUCGCAACUCCUCCGAGAUGCUUGAUUUUCAAGUGCUCCAUCUAUGUCAACAGUUUUGUUUCCCUUCCUGUCCGCUGGACCCGCUGACGCCCGGCCUGCCACCCUGCCCCUCACACUGAGCCGAGGAAUCCGGCUCCUGGCUCCUGGCUCCAGUUACGCCACACUCCCCGAGAUGUUGCCGAGGAGAAAGUGCGACUGUAAUUUAUAGAAUCUGGCCGGGGUGGCGAGUUGAACUUUGGAAAGCCAGCAGGUAGCAGGAAUAUUCUACUGCCUGCUAAAAGUCCAAGCAUGCUUCAGUUUUGAUGUGGACCCUUAAAGGGAUAGUUCACCCGAAAAUGAAAAUUCCAUUAAUUCCUCACCCUCAUGUCGUUGCAAACCCGUAAGACCUUCGUUCAUCUUAAGAACACAAAUAAAGAUAUCUGCUUUCUGUCCAUAGACAACAACACGACUGACACUCUUAGCACCCAGAAAGGUAGCAAAGACAUCAUUAAAAUAGUCCAUGUGACGUCAAAGACUGACACAAAAGAGAGGAAUUGUUGAAUAAAGUUUUUUUUUGUGCACAUAAAGUAGUAACAUUAUAAUUACGUCACAUGGACUAUUUUUACAAUGUCCUUACUAUCUUUCUAGGCCUUAAAUGUGCGCGGCAGUCUACAAAAUAAUGAAAUUUAUCCAAAUUACACUUCUGAUGGCAAUUCAAAAUUGACUAUUUCACUCCUUAUUUUCGUGCUGUGACAUCUCACAUACU